GGGCAGCGGCCCGAGCCGGGCAGCCAGGCCGCACCAGGCAGGGGACGGCGGGCGCGGGGUCUGCGGUCUCCUGAGCCCCGAUGUGAGGCGGCGGCGCCCCCGGCCCGAGCGCGCACCAUGGGGGCCCCGCUCGCCGUGGCGCUGGGCGCCCUCCACUACCUGGCACUUUUCCUGCAACUCGGCGGCGCCACGCGGCCCGCCGGCCACGCGCCCUGGGACAACCACGUCUCCGGCCACGCCCUGUUCACAGAGACGCCCCACGACAUGACGGCGCGGACGGGCGAGGACGUGGAAAUGGCCUGCUCCUUCCGAGGCAGCGGCUCCCCCUCCUACUCGCUGGAGAUCCAGUGGUGGUACGUGCGGAGCCACAGAGACUGGACCGACAAGCAGGCAUGGGCCUCGAACCAGCUAAAAGCAUCGCAGCAGGAAGACGCCGGGAAGGACGCAACCAAAAUAAGCGUGGUCAAGGUGGUGGGCAGCAACAUCUCCCACAAGCUGCGCCUGUCGCGAGUGAAGCCCACGGACGAAGGCACCUACGAGUGCCGUGUUAUCGACUUCAGUGACGGCAAGGCCCGGCACCACAAGGUCAAGGCCUACCUGCGGGUGCAGCCGGGGGAGAACUCCGUCCUGCACCUGCCGGAGGCCCCGCCCGCCGCGCCCGCGCCGCCGCCCCCCAAGCCGGGCAAGGAGCUGCGGAAGCGCUCGGUGGACGCGGAGGCCUGCAGCCUCUAGACUGACGGCCGCCCCGCCACCCGCCCGCCCGCGCCCCUACGGCUGUCCAGAGUGCAUGAGGGGCCGCUGGACCGCUGGGGACGGGACUGCCUGGGUCCAGCCGCCUCCCCAUCCCCGAGGCCGCCUGCGGCCCGCCGGCCCUCCGCACCACCCCCUCGCCCAGCAUGUAAGCCCCGCCCAACCCUUCCUUUUCAGACCCUGCAGUGACCUGGCUGGGAGAAGGUGGGCCCGGGCACCAAGGGGACGACCGCCUCGAACGCUGGGGUGGGGCACCAUGCCGGGGCGGGCUGCCCCCUUUCUGUCACCAGCUUCAGUGGAGUCCAGUGUUUUCGCUUUGCUUGCUUGUCCCCGACCCUGUCCCGAGCCGGGGCCUCCCAGCCUUACUCUCCUCCUUC